CUUAGGAAGCGUACAUUAUCUAACACUCCAAAAUUAAACAAAAUAAAGGGAAAUUCUCUUGAAAUUAAUAAUUUUUAAUGUAAACAACAUUUUAAAAAGCAAUAUUUCCUCAAACGGAAAUGCAAUAAAGGAAGUGAAUUAAUUUUAGGCCUGGGAAAAAGUGAAUUUGAUUAAAAAAGAAAGAAAAAUAAUCCUGUGAAGAAAAAAAAAAUCGGGCGAGGUGCAAAUUUUGCCAAAAAAUAUUUUCGCACUGUGAAUUUAUAGAGUAUCAACAAACUCGCAAUGCAACAAACAACUUCCAUAGUAUUAAAAAGUCUCUCAAUUCUUCUGGGAUUAUUCUUCCUUUUCACUGGAUUUAUGAAAAUCAGCCCUUAUAUAUCAAAAGAACUGCACAGAGAUUUGCGAAAACAUUAUGUCAAAUAUGCGAAGGCAUUUCCAAUGGCAUCAUUGUUUGAUAUUAGAGUACCUUCAAAGUGGUAUCGUCGAAUUAUAGGAGCAAUCGAAGUCCUUUGUGGAGGCUUGAUGGCAGGAUUUCCAAGUCCAAAUGGAACACUUCUCUGCCUUAUGUUUUUGGCACUUUAUUCACAAUAUAUGGCUAACGAUCCAUUCGAACGACUUGGUCCGACAUUAGUCUUCAUUUUUAUGCUUGUAGGACGAUUAGUUAUAUUUUUUCAGUCAUACAGAAGUAAUCAAGCAAUGAAGACGUUUAUUUUUAAAACUGCAAUUUUCGUUCUACUCAUCAACACAGUUUGUGGAUGGAGACAUUUUUGGAAAGGAAGAAAAGUCGAUGGAAAUUUAGGAGAUCCAACUCAUUUUCAUUUGAAACUAGGAAAUGGAAGUGAAGAUUUAUGGUUCACACAAAAUUUAGAUCAUUUUCAGCCAUUAAAUAGAGAAACAUGGAAUCAAAGAUAUUACAUCAAUGAUGAAUAUUAUAAACCAAACGGACCCAUUUUCCUUAUGAUUGGAGGAGAAGGUGAAGCUACAUCAAAAUGGAUGCACAAAGGGGCAUGGAUUCAAUAUGCAAAGAAGUUUGGUGCACUUUGCUUUCAAUUGGAACACCGUUUUUAUGGAAAGUCUCAUCCAACUUCUGAUCUUUCAACCGAAAAUCUUCGUUUCUUAUCUUCGGAGCAAGCACUAGCCGAUUUAGCCUAUUUCAUUAAGCGAAUGAAUGAAAAAUAUAAAUUAACAUCUAAUAAAUGGAUUGCUUUCGGAGGAAGUUAUCCUGGAUCUUUAGCUGCAUGGCUAAGAGAGAAAUAUCCACAUCUUGUUCAUGGCUCUAUUUCGACAUCUGGGCCAUUACUUGCUAAAAUUGACUUUUAUGAGUAUUUUGAAGUUGUGCGAGAUUCUUUAUCUACUUACAAAAGCUGUGAUUGUGUUACAAAAGUUCAGCAAGCAAUUCAGCAGGUCGAUGUACUUUUAAAGCACAUGAUAGGACAACGAACUUUAAACGAAAAGUUUUUAUUGUGUGAUCCUAUUGAAAAAUCAAUUGACAAUCCGCUUGACAUUGCCAAUCUUUUUGAAGGUCUCGCUGGUGAUUUUGCUGGUGUUGUUCAAUACAAUAAAGAUAAUAGAGAUGGAAAUCCUGUAACCAUUGAUGAUGUUUGUGGAAUAAUGUGUAAUCAAACAAUUGGUGUUCCUGUAACUCGACUUGCUGAAGUAAAUAAAAUGAUUUUGAAGGAAAAUAAACAGCAAUGCUUUGAUUACAAGUAUGAUAAAAUGAUUGACCAAAUGAAAAAUAUUUCAUGGGAUUCAGAAGUAUCAGAAGGAGGUCGGCAAUGGACAUAUCAAACAUGUACUGAAUUUGGAUUCUAUCAAACAUCUGAUAAGCCAAAUCUUUUAUUUGGUGACAAGUUCCCAGCAGAUUUCUUUGUAAAGCAAUGUACAGAUAUUUAUGGAGAUAGUUUCAACUUUGAUGCUUUAAAUGGUGGCAUUGAUCGAACCAAUAUUAUUUAUGGAGCAUUAAAACCUGAAACUACAAAUGUUCUCUAUAUUCACGGUAGUAUUGAUCCAUGGCAUGCUUUAGGAUUGACGGAAACUAAUAAAAAUCAACGACAACCUACAAUUUAUAUCCAAGGAACGGCACAUUGUGCCAAUAUGUACGAACCUAAUGAAAAGGAUUUUCCACAAUUGAAACAAGCUAGAGAGGCAAUUGUGAAGUACAUUGAAGCUCUUCUCCACUAAACACAUGACACUGGAAUUACUAUAAUAAAAAUUGACUAUAAAACUUUUUCUUUUUCAAAUUCAGAUAGCGCUAGUUGUAACUGUCAUAGAAAAAUCUCAAAAGUAGGUAUUAAAAAUCUAUAUUUUAA